AUGCGUAGACUCCCCGAAGAAAUCACCUACCUAGCAAGUUGUAUAUCGGCUGCCGGUCUCAAAGAAUUUCCGACUUCUUCCUUUUACACUAUCUGGCAGACCCCUGGUAUUCGCCUCUGUAUAUGCGAAGAAAUGCCUUUCCACACGGGUUCAUCCAUACGGCGGGCAGAGUCAUUGAAUUGCGCAGACACACUUGCUCACAUGCCUGAAAUCGCCCCCUCAAAGACGAGGGCUGCCGACAACCUCUCUUCGCUUCCCGAGCACAUAUAUCAAAGGACACAUUCACAGCAAGGCCUUGGAUACUUCCCCGAGAGCAACUGCAGGGAAGAAGGAAGCCAUACGCCGCCUAACAGCAGCAUCGCGGCGGCUACAGUAUUUACCUCGGGGCCCUCGGAGAGUAGCGACCCUGUCUCGUCACCGCCGCCGACAGGUCAGAGUCAGAGUGAUGAUCACCCUAGUGGCGUGGCCGAUGAGGAUCCACACGACUCGCAGGCGACGGAGAGCGCCCCGGAAGACGAUACUUCGGGUCCUGAAGAGGUAGGGGAAGAAAAGCCUUGUUGUAUCUGCCCUCGGUGCCCACGGCACUCAAAGUCCUGGGUGUGCCAGGAAUGCGGCGACUCACUAGCUCCGGAUGAGCUUGAUGCCCCGUGCUGCUGCCCUGGUCCUGAUGCUGAAUCCUGUGGAUCAGAUUGCGAGGAGACGGAAGCUCAGGGGCAUGUUAGAUCAGAGUCACCUGAGUGGGAGUCAGUAUUGUAA